CUUUAUUUCAUUAUUGAAACUACAAACUCAUAUCCACAGCGGUUUCGUGUUGACAGAUUGCCUAUUUUGAAAGCUUGAGGUAUUUCAUCAUAAAACAGGCCAUGUGGAAUCUUUGAAGCAUAAAGUUCUGCCAAACACCUGAACAAAGAACCUCUACUUGGUAUGAAAGAGAGCUCCUCACUGCCACAAUGACUAAUCAGGAAAAGUGGGCCCACCUUAGUCCCUCAGAAUUUUCACAGCUUCAGAAAUAUGCUGAAUAUUCUACAAAGAAAUUAAAGGAUGUUCUUGAAGAAUUCCAUGGUAAUGGUGUGCUUGCAAAGUAUAAUCCUGAAGGGAAACAAGACAUUCUUAACCAAACAAUUGAUUUUGAAGGUUUCAAACUCUUCAUGAAGACGUUCCUGGAAGCUGAGCUUCCUGAUGACUUCACUGCACACCUUUUCAUGUCAUUUAGCAACAAGUUUCCACAUUCAAGUCCAAUGGUGAAAAGUAAGCCUGCUCUCCUUUCAGGUGGUUUGAAAAUAAACAAAGGUGCCAUCACUCCUCCCCGGACAUCUCCUGCAAAUACAUGUUCCCCAGAAGUAAUCCAUUUAAAGGAUAUUGUCUGCUACCUGUCUCUCCUUGAAAGAGGAAGGCCUGAAGAUAAACUCGAGUUUAUGUUUCGCCUUUAUGAUACAGAUGGGAAUGGCUUCCUGGACAGUUCGGAGCUGGAAAACAUCAUCAGUCAGAUGAUGCAUGUAGCUGAGUACCUUGAAUGGGAUGUCACCGAACUGAACCCAAUCCUCCAUGAAAUGAUGGAAGAGAUUGACUACGAUCAUGAUGGAACUGUGUCGCUUGAGGAGUGGAUCCAGGGUGGGAUGACAACAAUUCCACUCCUUGUGCUGCUGGGCUUGGAAAAUAAUGUGAAGGAUGAUGGGCAGCAUGUGUGGCGACUCAAGCACUUUAACAAGCCUGCCUACUGUAACCUCUGCCUGAACAUGCUGAUUGGCGUGGGGAAGCAGGGUCUCUGCUGCUCCUUUUGCAAGUACACAGUCCACGAACGCUGUGUUGCUAGAGCGCCUCCCUCUUGCAUCAAGACCUAUGUGAAGUCCAAGAAAAACACCGAUGUUAUGCACCACUACUGGGUUGAAGGCAACUGCCCAACCAAGUGCGACAAGUGCCACAAAACAGUCAAAUGUUACCAGGGCCUGACGGGACUGCAUUGUGUCUGGUGUCAGAUCACACUGCAUAAUAAAUGUGCUUCUCAUCUAAAACCUGAAUGUGACUGUGGACCUUUGAAGGACCAUAUUUUACCACCCACCACAAUCUGCCCAGCGGUACUGCAGACUCUGCCCACUUCAGGAGUUUCAGUUCCUGAGGAAAGACAAGCAACUGUGAAAAAAGAAAAAGGUGGGUCGCAGCAACCCAACAAAGUGACCGACAGGAGCAAAAUGCAAAGAGCAAACUCUGUUACAAUGGAUGGACAAGGCCUGCAGAUCACUCCUGUUCCUGGUACUCAUCCACUUUUAGUUUUUGUGAACCCAAAAAGUGGUGGGAAGCAAGGAGAACGGAUAUACAGAAAAUUUCAAUAUCUACUAAAUCCUCGUCAAGUGUACAGUCUUGCUGCAAAUGGACCAAUGCCAGGGUUAAAUUUUUUCCGUGACGUAUCUGACUUCCGAGUCCUGGCAUGCGGAGGAGAUGGCACUGUGGGAUGGAUUUUAGACUGCAUAGAAAAGGCCAAUGUAGUCAAGCAUCCUCCAGUUGCUAUUCUGCCUCUUGGGACUGGCAAUGAUCUAGCAAGAUGCCUGCGAUGGGGAGGAGGUUAUGAAGGUGAGAAUCUGAUGAAAAUCCUAAAAGACAUUGAAAACAGUACUGAAAUCAUGCUGGACAGGUGGAAGUUUGAAGUUAUACCUAAUGACAAAGAUGAAAAAGGAGAUCCAGUGCCUUACAGCAUCAUCAAUAAUUACUUUUCUAUUGGCGUGGAUGCCUCCAUUGCACAUAGAUUCCACAUUAUGAGAGAAAAACACCCAGAGAAGUUCAACAGUAGAAUGAAGAACAAAUUUUGGUAUUUUGAGUUUGGUACAUCCGAGACUUUCUCAGCCACCUGCAAGAAGCUACAUGAAUCUGUAGAAAUAGAAUGUGAUGGAGUACAGAUAGACUUAAUAAACAUCUCUCUGGAAGGAAUUGCAAUUCUGAAUAUACCAAGCAUGCAUGGAGGAUCCAACCUUUGGGGAGAGUCUAAGAAAAGACGAAGCCACCGCCGAAUAGAAAAAAAAGGAUCUGACAAAAGGACUACACUUACAGACGCCAAAGAGCUGAAGUUUGCCAGUCAAGACCUGAGUGACCAGCUGCUAGAGGUGGUUGGCCUGGAAGGAGCCAUGGAGAUGGGACAGAUAUACACAGGACUGAAAAGUGCUGGGCGGCGACUGGCUCAAUGCUCCUCUGUGGUCAUCAGGACUAGCAAGUCUCUGCCAAUGCAGAUUGAUGGGGAACCGUGGAUGCAGACACCAUGUACAAUAAAAAUUACUCACAAGAACCAAGCCCCGAUGUUGAUGGGCCCUCCUCCAAAAACUGGAUUAUUCUGCUCCCUUGUCAAAAGAACAAGAAACCGAAGCAAGGAAUAAUCCUAUAUUAUUUCCUUCAUAGAAAUCUAAUUAGCAUAAUUGGGCCAUGGAACACUUCUUCUGGAAAUCUUUGAACCACUUCAAGUCUCCUGCUCAUGCAAAAUCAUGGAAUUGGUUUAACAGUUUUUAUUAUGGAGUUAGUGUAAAGUUCAGCUAUUAGAAGAUUUAUUGUCUCUGUUUUUAUAGGCACCUUUGCAUGAAAAAAAAUAUGUUUCUAUUGAGUGAUAAUGCAUUUUUUGUUGCAUGCAUUCCCAUAGCUUUUAUGUCUUCCACUCAUACUUUCCAAAUUUCCAUUUAACUAUGUGUAGGAUAAACCUGUGAAAUAGAUUUUUAAAAAUACCAUGAAAAAUGUGAUCCUUUCUGAGUGAUUCCAAUUACUGAUAAUCAUUAAAUAGUAAUGCUACAAUGAUUGUGAUUUUAGGUUGUUCUGUUUUUUUGCUUUAAGAAUCAAAACAAAGAAGAAUGAACUUUGACCUAUGAUUUGAGGAGAGACUUUAAAUGAAAAGAUUUUAUUAAAUAGUUGGCUAUGAAACCUUGCUAUAUGUAAAUAGUUUUUUCUUCAGUGCUUUUGAGUGGAAUUUCAGCUAUGAGGUAUAAAGAUUUUUGUGUGCUGAAAAAUAGAAAAUUUUGUUGUUAUUUUUAAUUCCAAAAAUAAGAGCAAACAUAUUACUUGGAAGUGUGAUAAUUUGACAAGCCUUAUUCAUUUUUGCAUGUGAACCUAGAAGAAAAUUUAUAAUAGCACCAGUAACCAAAUGUUUUAAACUAUGUGCCUAAUAAACUGUAUUUCCCACCAAAGACUCAGCAAGAGAUGCUUGGGAGAAAUGGGUUAAUGUAUAAUUAAUUAAGCAUUUUGAAGCAAAUUUAUGGUUAUUAUGAUUCAUUUGGUGAUGUCAAAAACUCUGGAAGAGAGUGACUUAUCCAUUAAUUAUAAUUAAAUACCUACUAUUCACAGACAAUAGACCAUAUAACACAAUCACAACUCAAGAGCUGAUUUCUUACUGUUUUGGUCAUUUAUAAAUAUAGGUAUCUGAAAUCUUUAACGAAUCAGUUAAAUUCACAUGAAGGAAAUAAAUUAUUGUAUCAGUUCCUUUGAGCAUUAAAUUGGUACCGGUAAUAAUAUUGAGCCAAUUGAAGUAAAUCAUGCAUGCAAUUAGCCCUCACCUCACUGUCUUUUACAUUUCAAAUAUUUAUUUGGAAAUGAUGGCCUAGGUCAUUGUUUAAAGUGUUCAUGGUAUAGUUGGAUUCUCUGUUUAAAGAAAUCACACAACAGGAUUUUUCUUAAUGCUUCACUAAGCCUAUGAUGUAAAAUGAAAUGCUAUUCUGAGCAGUCUUGGAAUUGUUGUUCCUUCAUAUUGACCUGCAACUCAUCAUCGCAUGCUUUAUGUUUUCAAACAUGCCGUAAGGAAAACAAGUGCUUGAAAUGCAUGAUUUAUUAGUUUUCUCUCUCCACUCUGCAUUAAAGUGCUAAUGAUUUAUCAGUUCUAUUUUUCUAUUGAUUCAUUCAUCUUUGAAUAACAAAUAGCAUUUAGUGAUUCUGUUGAACACAAUUCUGUGCAUGGAUUUAUGGAUUUCAAGUGAAAUUGCUAUAAUUUUAGUUCUUUGGUUUGAAAACUCAGCUGAAUGUCGUUAUAUCAAAUAGCUACUCUCAAGCAAUGUACUAUAGUGGGAGGUUAUGUGUAAAGUGUAUUCUUGUAGUGUUCCAGGAACAUUGGAUGGUAAAUAUCAAUCAACAAUAAGUUUAAUUGCUUUAAAAAUAAAGUCUUUUCAAUAAAAUUAAACCACGAUUUAGCAUUCCCAAGAUAAUUAUCAUUACAAUUGCAAAUGCAGCACAGCAGUUGUAUACUCUGGUAUUAAAAGAGGAAAAAAUGUAACAAAACCAAGAUUGUGUGGGAAAGUAGUAAACUAAACGAAACUAAAUCUCAAAGCAGUAACAGACACCUUGUUGGCACAAUGUUACAUAACACACAUACAUUGAUUUUAUUUUUUUAUC